ACAUCAUUGUUAUUUUCAGUCGAGCUGCAGCUUAGAGGUGGAUAAAGUUCGUCUCCACGUUGGAACUGAUAGAAAGUACACUGUUUCUAGAUUUUGGGAAGGAGAAUAAAUCCACAAAAAAAAAGGAUACUAGAAGUGUAAAAACAGCGAGGCUCGGCGGCCGGGGAGCAACGUCUUUUGUUGAUGAGCACACGGGUCACAAGAGAAAAGUUUUCUCAGGACACUUAAGUUGUCAAGUGAGUUGAACUUCAACAAUAGGCGGACUAUCAGCAGACAGUCGAGAGACAGCGACUCACAGGACAUAUGUAAACAGUCGAUUUUGGACUUUUUUUUUUCUUUAAGGAGAGAAGACCUCCGUCAAGGUGAUAGAAAAAAACAACUUUAUUUAUGUCCAGAAAAAUGGAAGCGACGUUCUACGACGAAGCCGUGAAUGCCUCCAACUCUCAGCAUGACGGGACGGCAGUGUAUGGGUUCAACCCCAAAACCCUCAAACAGACCAUGACCCUGAACCUAAACGACCCGAAAAACUUCAAACCCCAUCUGGGCGCCAAGGCCCUGGACAUCCUGACGUCCCCUGAUGUCGGGCUACUGAAGCUGGCCUCGCCUGAACUGGAGAGACUGAUCAUCCAGUCCUGCAGCGGGCUGACGACUCCCACCCCGACGCAGUUCGUCUGUCCCAGGAACAUCACCGACGAGCAGGAGGGCUUUGCUGAAGGGUUUGUGAGGGCACUGGCGGAGCUCCACUACCAGCAGCAGACGCCGGUCGUCCACCCUGACGCACAGACCGGCGCUACCAACGGCGUAGCAUCCGGCUCCGCCGCGUCAGAGGGCGGCGGGAUUCCCUACAGCUGCACGGUGCGCAGCGAGCCGCCAGAGUACACAAACCUGGGCACUUUCAGCCGGGCUGUGAGCUCUGCGUCCGCACCUGCCAGCGAGAGGCACCCACCCACAAGUUACCCGGCCCCCCCACAGCCGCCCCACAGUCACAUGGACCACCAGCUGGCGGCGGCGCAGCACCCGCGGCUACACGCGCUCAAAGAGGAGCCGCAGACGGUGCCCGAGAUGUCCGGCGAGACCCCGCCGCUCUCCCCCAUCGACAUGGAGACCCAGGAGCGCAUCAAGGCGGAGAGGAAGCGCAUGAGGAACAGGGUGGCCGCGUCCAAAUGCCGGAAAAGGAAGCUGGAGAGGAUCUCCCGGCUGGAGGACAGGGUCAAAAACCUGAAGAGCCAAAACACGGAGCUGGUUUCCUCCGCCAACGUCCUCCGGGACGAGCUGGCUCUGCUCAAGCAAAAGGUCAUGGACCACGUUAACAGCGGCUGCCAGCUCAUUUUGACGCAGCAGCUCCAAGCUUACUAGACUGCCAAGGGAAAGGAACCAAGGGACAUUUCUUGGGGACCAAAUGCAGCUUAAAGGGGCCUGUUCAGCCUUGCAGGGGGGUCUCAUUUCAUGUUUCCACCAACUCAUCCGCUAAGGCUCUCUCCACAGACGAAUGGUGACCGACCGGCCAGAUACUUGUAAUUGGUCAGUAGAAUGAAUAAUAACGGAGCAGGGGCAACUGAACUUAUUGCACCGACGCACAGCUCAGAGGAAACAUUUGCUCAUGCCCCGCCUCUGAUGUGACUUGUUACACAUUUCUGGCAAUUUAGUCUUUAUUUUUAUUUUAAUUUUUUUUUCCAUCUCCAUCCAAAACUCCAAAAUCAAAUUUGCAUUCAGUCAAGCCAAGGAAACGUGGCAAGUGUCCAUACCUCGCCACAAGCUAUGUGUCAACGGACUUUGGCUCAUGCACACAGUCUUCCAUCCUGACAGGGACUGUCAGAUCUUGUGUGGGAUCGAAUUGCGAACGGAGAGAAACACAAUGUGAACCAGGCCUUGCCCUGCAAAUCUCCCACUAUGUCAACUAUAUGUAUGUGUAUGCAUAUAGACUUGAGUCAAGCACUGAGUAUCUCACCAGCGACUAGCCUACAUGUACAGAGUAACACACACAAAAAAAAGUUUUACACCUUUACGCAAGGACGCUUAUAGGUGUGUGUAGCGUUUACUGACAAAAAAAAACUGCCUUACUUUCUUAACCCUUGUGUUCAUACAACUUUGUGAUAUAGGUGUAACUAAUGUUAGACCUUAAAUAACACUUUGUAAUAAUAUUUGUACGCUGUAUUUUGAGCACUUCGACUGUAAAUGACGAAAUAAAAUGUUGGACACGCGUGA